GUCCCCUGGGCCCGCCAGCUCCCGCCAUCCCUCCUCCCGCCCGCGCUCCCUGCCUUCGGCUCCCGCUCCCCCGGGAGCGGCGGCGGCGGCGGCGGCGGCGGCGGGAUGGCCCGGGCCCGCGGCCAGGCCCCGGGGAGCGGCGGGCGGCGGCGGCCGCGGCGGGGCGGCGCGGGAACCGGGCCCAGGGGGGAGUCGGCCGGGCUGCUGCUACUGCUGCUCCAGGUGCUGCCGCCCGGGGCUGCGGCAGGGCCGGGGCGCCGGAGCACGCGGGGCACAGGCGGCGGAGGCGUCUGCUGGCCCGGCGCUGCCCCUGCCUUUCCUCGGGACGCGCGGCUGCUGCUGCUCCUGCCGCCGCUACCGCCGCAGUCGCCGCCGCCGCCGAGCUCCGCGCCCGCAGCCUCCUCCUCCUGGAUGGACGCUCUGCCCCGCGGCGGGCUGAACCUGAAGGAAGAGCCGCUGCUGCCCGCCGGCCUGGGCUCGGUGCGCUCCUGGAUGCAGGGCGCGGGCAUCCUGGACGCCAGCACCGCGGCGCAGAGUGGCGUGGGCCUGGCACGAGCACAUUUUGAGAAGCAGCCCCCCUCCAACCUCAGGAAAUCCAACUUCUUCCACUUCGUGCUGGCCAUGUAUGACCGGCAGGGGCAGCCGGUGGAGGUGGAGCGUACAGCUUUCAUCGACUUUGUGGAGAAGGACCGAGAGCCCGGGGGUGAAAAGACAAACAACGGGAUCCAUUAUCGCCUCCGGCUGGUAUAUAACAACGGACUUCGGACAGAACAGGACCUCUAUGUGCGUCUCAUCGACUCCAUGUCCAAGCAGGCCAUCAUCUACGAGGGGCAGGACAAGAACCCCGAAAUGUGCCGCGUGCUACUCACCCACGAGAUCAUGUGCAGCCGGUGCUGUGACCGGAAGAGCUGUGGCAACCGGAAUGAGACACCCUCAGACCCCGUCAUCAUUGACAGGUUCUUCCUCAAGUUCUUCCUCAAAUGCAACCAGAACUGCCUAAAGAAUGCGGGGAAUCCCCGAGACAUGCGCCGCUUCCAGGUGGUGGUAUCCACAACGGUGAGCGUGGACGGACACGUGCUGGCCGUGUCCGACAACAUGUUUGUGCACAACAACUCCAAGCAUGGCCGCAGGGCGCGCCGCCUGGACCCCUCCGAAGCUGCCACCCCCUGCAUCAAGGCCAUCAGUCCCGGGGAGGGCUGGACCACGGGCGGCGCCACCGUCAUUGUCAUCGGCGACAACUUCUUCGACGGGUUGCAGGUCGUGUUUGGGAACGUGCUCGUGUGGAGUGAGCUCAUCACGCCCCACGCCAUACGGGUGCAGACGCCCCCACGGCACAUCCCUGGGGUGGUGGAGGUGAGCCUGUCCUACAAGUCCAAGCAAUUUUGCAAGGGAGCCCCUGGCCGCUUUGUCUACACAGCCCUGAAUGAGCCCACCAUUGACUACGGAUUCCAGAGGCUACAGAAAGUCAUUCCCAGACACCCCGGAGACCCCGAGAGGCUGCCCAAGGAAGUGCUGCUGAAGCGGGCGGCCGACUUGGCGGAGGCCCUGUACGGAGUGCCCGGCGGCAACCAGGAGCUCCUCCUGAAGCGCGCAGCAGACGUGGCCGAGGCUCUGUACAGCGCCCCCCGCGCGCCCGCGCCGCUCGGACCCCUGGCCCCCAGCCACCCGCACCCCGCCGUCGUGGGCAUCAACGCCUUCAGCAGCCCGCUGGCCAUUGCCGUCGGGGACGCCACGCCAGGGCCGGAGCCGGGCUACGCGCGCAGCUGCGGCAGUGCGUCCCCCCGCGGGUUCGCGCCCAGCCCGGGCUCGCAGCAGAGUGGCUACGGCGGCGGCCUCGGAGCUGGCCUCGGCGGCUACGGGGCGCCGGGCGUGGCCGGCCUCGGUGUGCCCGCGUCCCCCAGCUUCCUCAAUGGCUCCACGGCCACAUCGCCCUUCGCCAUUUGCCAGGACGUGCCUGUAAUGACCUCCGGAACUGUCCCUGCCAGAAGCUGUCUGCUCGGACCUCCCCUCUGUCUUCUGCUUCAGCCACCAGCAGCCCUGGACUGAACCACAACUCCCAGUACUACCCAAGCUACAAAAUGCGGCUGUGAGCUCUGGGCCUUGAGAGAUACAGUACAUUUUCUGGCAUUUAUUUCAAGCCCUCCACGGAGCUCCAUGGGCCUCAUCAGCUAGCAGUCAGCAUUGUCUUAAAAAGAGAUGGUUAUCUGUGGGGCUGAGUACAUUCGGAACAGGGGCAGCUGUUGAAGGCAUCACUGUUCCAAAGGGGGGGUGGUGGUGGGGGAGUGUUCUGAUACCAAAAGCAGCUUUCUCAGGCUGCUGCUUUCUUUCAGGAAACCCCCACCCUCAUCCCAUUGCCCGCUGCCUGGACAACACUCAAGUCACAGUCUUAUUGGUCUUUAGAAGAGAGAGGCAGGGAAUUGUGUUCAGAUGAGGUUGUAGAAAGGGGAAUCCAGAGAUGGCCUGGGCAGGAGCCCCCAGGAGAGGAGGCUGCAAGAAGGAGGGGCAGGCAAAGGCUGAGUGCAGGAGGCUUCCUGGCUAUUCCUAGGAGAGCAAGCCACAGCCAUGGGGGCUAGGGGGUUAGAGAACAGGAAGAUCUGAGGAUUUGGAUCUCUGUACCUUUCUUUAAAAUUGACCUGCUGGAAGAGGGAGAUACAGGAGGCCUCCAGGACCAGGGCUGAAGAUGAUGAGGACCUGCAUUAAGCUGGAAGAGAACAAAGUGUCGGGGGUCGGGGGGAGUGUAAUUGGUAAGGGGAACAUAUUUGUAGGGGGGAGUAAGGGUUCUUGUGUGAGCUGUGAUCCUGGACAGAGGGGCCUUAUAACAGGAGCCUAUGUGUACCCCCCAAACUUCGUCCCUGACCACUUGCCCCAGCUCUGCUGUGAACCCUGACCUUUGACUCUAACCUUGAUGCCCCAGGGCCCAUCAAUGUUUCUUAGUGUCUCAGAGUCCCAGUGGUUUUCAGCAGGAAUCCUAACCUGUUCCAUUUCUUGCUCAUCCCUCAUCUUUGCAGGCACCUCUCAGUAUCUGGUUCUGUUGGAUGUUCUGGUUUUGCUUUCGUUUUUUGGGUUUUGUUUGUUUGUUUGUUUUUAACCUCAUCUGGCCCUAUCAUCUCCAACGCUAAGAAGGGGUCUCCAGAACCCCCAAAAGGGCGAGUGCUAGACCGCAACCCCAGAGGCUCCCAGCCUGCCUCCAGACUCUACCCUGUACUGGUCUCUCCAGGACCCUCACAGCCCCCAGUGAGGGCUGAGCCUGGCACCCAGGUCAGCAGCCCGCACAGGGCAUACUGCUCAUGCCAGGGCAGCAACCGAGCUGCUCACUCUGGUGCUGUCUCCUUGUUGUGUCUCCCACCGCCUUCCCUGCUGCGCCUGCCCCUCCCCGCCCCGGAGUCAUGCCCUCUAGCCCCCCGCUGGCCGCUGCCUCCUCCAUGUCCCUCCCGGCGGCUGCCCCCACCACCAGCGUCUUCUCCUUCUCGCCUGUCAACAUGAUCUCCGCUGUCAAACAGAGGAGUGCUUUCGCCCCCGUGCUGCGC